CUUUCGCAUAUCACUGAACAGAUUACGAAACCCAUUCAAUUUUGAUCAACGUACGUAUGUAUGUAACUGUAACAAACAAUACACCUCCGUAUACGUACAUACGUAUGUGUACCAAACUUAUAAGUAACAAAUGUAUUUGCUUACAGCAGACAAGAUAAAUGCACGUACAUAAAUACAGAGGGAAAUAUUUUCAACCUUGCACACGACACCAUUUCCCAAAUUCUCGUCUCCCUUCUCAUGAGGUGGUAAUGGGACAAAUGUAAAAAUCUCAUGAGAAGGACAGAGAGAGAAACCAUGAGAUCCAGUCAAUUCCCGUGUUGCACGCUCCCCUAAUUCUACAUAUCUUAAUGUACGGAUGGCACAGAAUUAAACGUAUGUAGAUUAUACUUAUUGGACAUUUCUUGCAAAUGUCUGGAUCUUGAUGGCAUAUAAACACAUACAACUCAUGAGGGCUUGUAUCAUGGUAUUUGCACACUUUGUCCAAAUGUUCAGUAGCAACUUGGCAUCCAACUUGUACGUAUUAAUCAAGCUUUUUUUAUCUUCAAAAAUUUAUUUCUAAUAAGGAAUAAUAUAAGUACACUGAAAUAUAAAUUGUUCAUGAACAUGGCGAGCAGAACCGUAGUAGGAGUCGUGGGUGGAAUAGACGAAGUUCCCGUCUUGCGUUUGAGACUCCAUCAAACCGCCGCUACCAUUGGGCAACUUCCGGGUGCUGCCCAUCGUUCCCAAGCUCGUCAAGGGUUCGUCUCUAGGUUCAUGGCCAUGUUUGAGAAGGAAAAGUCUAACGCCAAUCUGGAGGUUGGGACUGGUGACGAUGUUGUUCGCAGAAAUCAGGCAAAAAUAGACCAGAUCUUUGACCGCAUGCAGAAAAAACUCGAUGAGCAGAGACAAGUGGCGAAAGAUGAGUUGACCACACUGAGCCCUGAGGAACAGGAAGAUGUCGUCACGUUCUGGUCGUCGGUUGGAGGAUUUUUUACGGAUUUGAUGAACUGGUUGAAAAAUAUGUUUCAGAAUGUGAUGGAAAAAAUUCGACAAGGCUGGCGACUGAUUAAGGACUUGAUUCCUAAUUUGGCACGUUUUAAGUAUGUGCCAAAUUUCAAGUCCAUCGGAUAAGUUUGAAGAGAGUUACCGCAAGUCGGACGGACAGACGGAGGGACAUCACGGGUACAUAAGCCCUGGGUCGGGCUAAAAACAUCAUAAAAAACUGACGAAGCAAAUUUUUAUCCACAAGGCCACGGGAUUCUGAAUGUGGAAACGGCUUUCCCUUCUAUUUUUGAGGUUCUCAACCGUUCCAUACGGGGUAUAUACCGCUUCCGUCUUAUUUAAUUUACAGGUAUAUGAUUGCAUAUUCUAGUUUUCUACUAAUCCCCCACGAAAUUGGGGGAUCAAUUUUGUUAUAUUAAAUUUAAAAAUACUGAGGCGUAGUGAGACAGGACUACUGGGAAUUAGAAAAUACAUUCGGAUUAGUCCACUCUAAUUUUGUGCUAGAAUCGAAUGUUUCUAAAUCUAAUACUCUGCAAGGGCUUAACUUUCUCAUUCGUGGCUGAACCGAUUUUUAUGCAAAUGUUGGUGAAACGAAAUUAUUGUUUUCCUGAUAAUGAAUCGUUAGUUGAUGUUCAUGCAGUGUUGGAAAUAUGUAAAAUUUAAAAAAAUCAUAUCACAGGCUACCCAUCUGACAUCAAGUUGGAAAUGUCGAAUGCGGUGCACCCACUGCAGUGAGUCGGAGUGGCAGAGCGUUGAGAGCCGAGCUACCCUUAAUUGGGCGUCACAGGUUCGAUCCCUGCUAGUGCUUUGACUUGCGAGCAUUCAUUUUGCACACCCGUGUGAAUGCGGUAAUUGCGGCUCGGUGGGUGUCGUUGGUAUGGAUGACCGUGGCUCUGGGGGUGCCUCCCCACUACCCGUCCUUGCCCAGCCAACUUCCGGUACGACAAUCUACUUAGGAGAAAUGCUACGAUGAACUCACCAAAUAGUUAUAGUGAGGGAUAGUAGGCGUCAUGGGACUUAAACCAGUUUCAGCAGAAAUGCGAGAAAAACUGCUUCCCAUUUACGUAAAAGGUUGACACAUCACAAAAGGGUUUAAAGUGCUCGUUUUCUCGUAACACUAUAAGCAACUCAUUUUUUAUUUACUACUGCUGAGAAAUGACGAUUCUGCAGGACAUUGUCGUCAACCGUUUUCAUAAGAAAGGUGUCUAUGUACGUGUACGAGAUAUAACGUAUAUAUGUAUGAUACGUAUAAUGGUAUGUACCUAUAUCCUAAAUAUAUACGCCAAUGCCCCCACGGUUGCAAUAGUUAUCAACAUACUUAACCUUGGAGCACGAAUGUGCACACACAUGCCUUCAUUUGCGUCAGAAUAUUUUUCAAUUCACUUAAGGAAAAUCUACAGGAUCUCAGCAGGACAUAUUUUCCUUGCACCUGAACACGAAGCUCGAGACUACAGGUUUCUUAAUUAUUUAUCUUGCGUGCAAAAUAUUGUAUUCACCGCCGGAUUGCCAGCAUCAUUUUACUGUUGUCGGCCUUCCCGUAAUGUGAAAGUUUUCGUUGAGCUGGAUUAGCUUUAAAACUGAGGUAGUAAUUAUAGAUUUCUCAAGGUUGGACUUUUGAAUAAUUACUCGUGAGCAAACUAUUGGGCCAGAAGUAAAUUUGUAUUCAGUUUUAGACAAUUUCUUUCAUUAUGACGUUGUGGUUUCCUUCAACAGUUCUCAGUUAAACAAAAAAUAUCUUAAUCUAUAACUAUGAGUUCAAAAUUGUUCACAGAAAAAAAUCUUUUGCUACCCUAUAUUUUUGUACAAUACGGUUUCCUAAAAACAGCAAUCUGUUUUUCCUUCUCGUAUCCAAACAUAUUUUCCCAAUGCAUUCUUCAUUUCAUUCUCCCAGAGACGAAUGAUUUCGGUAGCGGAUUUUACUUAGAAUGGAAUGAAUUUGAAGAGAUACGUUCCAACAAUUAUACGUCUGACACUCCUGUAGUUAUUAAUUCUCCGUCUUAUUGGAUAAAUGGUAGUGGACUAAUAAGAAUUGACUCACCUAGUUUAGAUACGUUAUUUAUAAAGUAUGACUUCUCCCGAAAAUAUUCUGACUGUGUAACAACCAUAAUCCAAAGUAAAUGGGAACAAUUAUCCGAAAUUUUGGCAAGGUUUUCAUAUCUUGUAAGGGAUUCCGAAUAUAUAUUUAUUAAAGUUCAGAGCUGGCAUAGGACAUAUGCUUUAGAAGUUAUAGCUCACUGGACAACAAUAAUUUCUAAAAUUUUACUUUUUACUAAAGCCACUAAGAUCUCUAUGUUUUGUUUCUACUGUGAUGGGUACCACGUACCAAUAAAGUUACCCGAGUCCAUAAUUGUACCAAAUAAAAAAUAUUUGGAUAAGAUUUGGUUUGAACACUAUGCAAAUUUUCAAGGGAAAACAAUCGUCAAGAGUACGGUACUUGAAGAGUCAACAAUGUCAGCAUUGCAGCAGAAAUAUUCUAAAUGCAACCCCAUUUCUAGAAAAUUAGGUGUCCAGUUGGAUUCAUCUAGUUGCGUACAUCUAGCUGUCGGAAUAAAGUACAAUUAUACCAGUCAGAUAUCGCGAAGUUACAAAAGGAUGUUCGAACUACCUAAUAAUAUUUACUUUACAAACAAUUUUUUAGUAUUCCAGGCACAGCAGGUGGCCUCUUUGGGUAUAAGGGGAUCCAUCUUGCUGCAUGGAGCAACGUACGAAAGAUUUCAAAUGGCAACCGUCGCCUCUUAUAGGGUGCCGAUGAGAUUUGAAACCCUGCUAAUGCCUAUUGACAAGGAAACUUGGGUUUUCUCUGGCAUUAGUCUAUUUUUAGUAAAUUGUACCUUUGUCGCUUUCACUUUCAGAGGUAAAAAAGUAGAAUUCCGAUUAAAAUUCAUGAAAUCCUUGCUGACAAAUCUAACUGGAAAGCUCUUUUGGACAACCUCAGCUCUUAUGGGGCACGUUGAGAAUGGUUGCGUUGAAUUUAGAAAUUACGCAAGACAGCUUUCAUUUUGGCUAAUCACCUGGCAGCUUUUCUCAUUUUUUCUUGGGUUGGUUUACUCUGGUGGCCUCUACUCCUUCCUGGCAGCUGUAUGUCCGCCAACCUUACCGACAACUUUGAAUGGAAUUUUGACCGAGAGAAUUCCAAUUUAUUCUACACAUGUAGUAAGGUCAACUAGUGGAUAUGAAUCCGGUGUUGAGGCUGGGGUAAGAAAUGUGUUAAUUGACGGAGACCUCUCCAAAUUGAGGAAAAAGGAAUUAUCCAAACUUGCCAGUACGACUAAAGUUUUGGAAAUAAAUCCAAUUGAUGCUGCCAAAUCUAUUUGUCAAGGGGAAAGGAUUUCUUCGUCACAUGGUAUGGGUAACUACUUGGUGGAUCCUACUGUAUAUGUGAUGUCGGACUUUGAAGAAAGGUUGGAUUCUUUUCUGGCUUCGGUAAGCAUAUUUCGAAAGACAGCUUAUAUUCGGAAAAUUGAGGAAAUUACGGCUCUAUCUGAACAAGUGGUUUGGAGUGGUGACAAGUCUUUCAUAAUUUUGUUGUAUGAAAACAUAUUAAAGCGAUUAGAACAUAGUGGAAUUUACAACAAGUGGUUGAAGGGUGUGAGGACGGGAACGUUUUUAUGGAUUGCGGAAAAUAUCGUGACUGCACGAGAUUUUAAAAUGUUACUUGCUAAAGCAAUGUUUGGUUUAACGAGAGAAAUUGUUUUUGUUGAAAAUGAAACUGUGUCAAUUGAAUCAGUGCGUUAUGCUUUUGCAUUCUGUGGUAUGAUAGCAUUUGCAGCCCUGGCUAUUUUGAUUAUAGAGAUUUGCACGGUUAGGAAAAGUAGCGCUGAAUUUCGAUACGAUCUUGAUAUGUGUGUAUCAUUUAAAUGUGGAGUGUAUUACUCGUGUGCAUGCGUGAAAAGUUGAAAAUAUUUGGUUGCUGAUAUUUUUGUGUCAUUUUUACAAUAACUCUUAAAUAUAAUAAUAAUAAUGAUAUAAUAAUAAUAAGAAUUUACUAGGAUCAGUGGGAAAUCCUCAAUCGUAUCAUAGUCUAUUUUACACCAACAUUUUAUAAUCACAUAAUUUUAUCACAAUAAUACGUUGAAUUCAAUCAAUUAACAAAUAAUAACUUAUUUGAACGAUGGCCGCACCCCUAUUCGCCAAAUGAGCUAAUACUUUGCAUCAGCAAAACAUCAAGUGCAAGUUCACGAAAGCGUUAAAAAAUUCAACAUCACCCAAACAAUCUGCCUUGUCUUCCUUUUCCUGACUGCCACAAUAUAUCUGCCACGAUGGAGUGAUCCAGACACACCGACUUCCCCGUUCCCAACCCCGCCGUCAGGAAAUUGUCAAUUAUGGACGUCAUGCCCCCCACCAGCGUGACCACCAGGCAACCAAAACCCAGCCAGAUCCCAUGAAGAACGAACCCUUUCUUCUGCCUAUGCAGCCCUACAUCUCAACAGAACAGUUACACUAUUUCUCACUUUACACAAAAUUAUACAACCACCCCGUAGUCAUUUACUUUUAUGUAGAAUGAAUAACUAGUCUGUAUCUAGAAAAUAUUUUGGAAAUGUGCAUCCGUCUGGAACACUUUAGUAUAAUUCAAAAUCCCUCUAAUAAUUGUAUCGUCAUGGGCCCGAAGCUGCCUCAGUGACGACCAAAUAAAUUAUUAUCUUAUCUAAUAACUACGCUUACAUAUUUAGAAGGAUGUAUAUAUAUCCGCUGGAAAAUGGAAAAUUGGAAAAUGUGGUUGCAGACAGUUCAGGGAAUUAAGUCAUUAUAAAUUAUCUCAAAGGAAACGUAGGUACAUAUGGAAAUGGGAAAACAGAUGUGAAAUAAAUAAACGAACUCGUUGACGGGUUUGACAUUAUUGCGAAUAAAUUGUCGAGCGUCAUCAAUUUCCUGGAAUUAGAGAUAUUACUUCUUUUCUAGCAUAAUUAAAUGUGUAGCAUGAAAUUCAUUUGAGUUAAAAUAAAUAACUUAUUAUUAAUGUG